AUGUGCGACUGGAAGGUGGUGAUCACAAACGCAGACAAGUUGGAAGGGAUGCAACAGGACUCGGUGGAGCGCGCUGCUCAGGCGCUGGAGAAGUGCAGCAUGGAGAAGGGUAUUGCGGCCCCUAGCAAGGAGGAGUCUAACAAGAAGUCCAACCCCACCUGGCACUGCAUCGUGGGCCGGACCUUCGGUAGCUACGUGACACAUGAGACCAAACCCUUCAUCCACUUCUCCCUGGGUCAGGUGACCGUUCUUCUGUUCAAAUCUGGUUAAUAGCGUGGAUUGUGCCAAA